AUGGCGCCUAUCCAGUUUGGUGUUAUCAUGAUACCAUUUCAACUUACGGAUGUUACAGGAGCCGUGGAUAUUAUAUCCAGCUCUUCAAUUCCUUAUCUAAGGUCAUUCGGUAAUCCCGCCAUAGCUGAACGUGGUAUUGAUAUCGAAUUUCACUACAUCGGCGAGGAAAUGGACACAGUAGUCCAUCCCACAGGUUUCAAAUCCUUGCCUACAACCACCUUCUUGGCUUGUCCUAAGCUCGACUAUCUCCUCAUUGGCGGGCCUUCCCUGGCUUAUCUCGAAAAGAUCCCGCCAGCGAUCGCACGAUUUGUGUGCGAACGUGCUGGCGAAGUCAAGAACAUAUUCACCGUUUGCACUGGUGGAAUAGUUUUGUCCACGUUGGGUCUUCUAGAUGGCCUGAACGCCACAACAAACCACGAAGCCAUGGCGACAGCGUGGAAACUUGGCCCCAAUGUCAAGUGGACGAGAGAAAAGAACUGGGUCGUUGACGGCAAAUUUUGGACUGCCGGAGGUGCGUGUGCUGGCAUGGAUAUGAUCGCUCAUUGGGUCAUGGAGAAUUAUGACAAGGACAUCGCCGAAGCCGGAUUUGCAGCUCUCGCUUAUGAGCCCCGUGAUGUGGAUGGAAAGCAAGUAGUCUUAACAAGACAUGCUUUGGAGUGA